GUUUCCAAACGUAUAUAUGUCUGCAUAGUGUUACUCGUCUAGUGAAGACACAAUAUCAUAUGCUUUACUUAUAAACAGAAAAAGAAUAAUUAAAUAAGUCUUAAUGAAGACAGAAACAAAUAUUGACAGUACGGAUUUGGUCCGACACAAGUUCAACACGCCACACUUAUGCAACUCCCAGAGGUCACAGUCAUAAUGCAGACGAUGUAACAGGGACUAAGAUUGCAGGCCUGAGUUUACAGUUAAAUAGGGCCGAUAGAAGGUACAAGUGACUGUUCCAGGGUACAUGAAGUUCAUUCAAUGGGUAUAUUGGUUAUACAGAAGAUCUGAAGACUAUAUCAUGAUGUGUAAAAAAAGAAGCCGCUAUAACUAGUGCGGGAGGGAUUUUUUACUGACUCUAUAUACAUGUACUGCUGUACCAAACUACAACAUAUGAAAUUAAAAGAUCAAAAAUUAGCUAAGAAAAGUGGCAAUUAAACUAGUAAAUGAUCAAGUUAAUGUCAAAUUUAUACCAACAGGAUGGCUUUCCAGAGGAUUCAAAGUGACAGUGUGAAAGUUGCUCACUUUGUUUGUAACUUACAGUCACAGCAUGUUCGUCAGCCAUUGAGAUGCUUUAGGACAUCACAGCAAAAGCAUCAGUUUCAGAAUCACUAUGCAACAUUAGGCAUUUCCCAUACGGCAUCAGCGAAACAGAUCAAAGCUGCUUAUAUUGAACUGUCAAAGAAAUUCCAUCCUGACAGAAGCAGUGCUUCAAAUGCACAUGAAAAGUUCACAGAGAUAAACAAAGCAUAUGAAGUAAUUGGUAAUGACUCUAUGCGUAGGAAGUAUGAUAAUGAGUUCUUUCUUCACUUUCCUUCUAAGUUCAAGGAAAGUUCAACUAUGUCAUACAAGUAUCCCCAGAGUCGCCAAGGUCCUGGUGUUGGGCAGCACUGGAAGACACCUGAAGACUUUGACCGUUGGUAUGCUGAAAAUUAUAAGAGAAUUCUUGAGCAUCGAAGACAGAUGGAGAGAGAUGCAGAAAAAAGGAGGAGAGCAUUUAUAAAAGAAAACCAGAGAAUUAUGAGGGAACUUUUCAACCAGAUUCAUGACACAAUAGUUGAUGGUGGGAGGGUUUUUGCUGUAUUUAUUACCAUUUUUAUCCCAUGUCUUUUGACUUAUAUGUUGUGUGAAGCCCCACAAAGCAAGAAGAAAGUAUAAACACUUUUGUUUGAUGUUUUUAUUAAUGUGAUGCACAGACAUAAAUGUAUGUAAAAUUUCAUUUCCACUUUAAUUAUUCCCUUUUUCUUUGGAGUAUUGGGGGCCUUUAAAGGUGUUCAAAUAUUGAUAAGAAGAAAUCAAGUACUUACUAGUAGUAGUCCCAUAUAUAUAUAUAUAUAUAUAUAUAUAUAUAUAUA